UGAGGUCCUGAGGUCCUGGGUUGCAUUCCUUUACUGCAGGUCAAAAAGUGGUUUUCUAAAGAACAAUGUGUUUGAAAAAUCAAGUCCUGGAAAAUGUCUCAUGGUUUGCCGUUUCUGUUUUCUUGUUAGAAUUGACUUUGCUCACUUUUACAAAAUGAUCAUCAUCUGAAAGAAAACUUGACAGCGAAAUGGUUUGUUUUACUUUGGAAGCCUGUUUCUGCCAGUUUGAAAUAAAUGAAAAGUAAAAAAAAGGUUUUCAUAAAAAUGAUAUCCUAAAUCAUAAUUAUAAGAUAGUAUCUCAUAAACAAAAUAUUAUCAUUAUUAUUAUUAUUAUUAUUAUUAUUAUUAUUAUUAUUAUUAUUAUAUUUAUAAUACAAAUAAUUAAUAAAUAAAUCAGUAUAGCAAUAAAUAAAUUAAUGAAUAAAUUAAUAUUAAAAUAAAAUAUAAUAAUAAUAAUAACAACAACAAUAAUAAUAAUAAUAAUAAUAAUAAUAAUAAUAAUAAUAAUAAUAAUAAUAAUAAUAAUAAUAAAACAGGCAGUAAUUCACAAUUUAAAUAUAGUCUAUAAUAUAAUCUGCUCAGAUUUUGACCAAGACUCGUUGAUUGGACAAAUUCCCAAUCCACGCCCUCACCAUGUGCCUCCUGAUUGGUCAAUAUCCCCCAGUGGGUUUGUUCAGGGGCGCGUGGACAUUUAAACUACAGGCAGCGCGCGCCACCUUGAUAUUAUGACUGAGCACGUGAAAAAGCAAACGCCAGCGUGUAAAGAUAAUCUGCAGAUCGAUAUUUAUUGAUUCAGGUGUGAUUGACGCCUCCUUUGUCGCAAUGUUUGACCUGAAGAAGAGGAACAGUUUGACUUUGAACAGCUCUCGUGACUUGGAGGAGUUUAGACGAGUGGCUGUCAGACGCAAAGUUAAAGGUGCAGCUGUGGACGUCGACGCAUCCCAUACAGGUGAGGCUGAAAGAUAUCCACCAACACUCUUCAACACUUCACCAAAAUUUUCUUGAUAUUCUGCACUUUGUUUGGAUUAAAAUAGACCUGUCUUGAGAUGUUUGCCUACUAAACACCUUAUAAUGACUCUUCCAACUACAGGUAGGCAUUGUGGAAGAGUUUAUCCAUGACUUUACCUCCACAUUUAAGCCACUGUUGCUUUAAGACUUUCUGAUAUUAAAUUCAAAUGAAAACUAGCUUCUAAUUCAAGAUACAACAUCUCUAUUAUUGUUGAAAGUAGGCUAUUUGAUACAAACUGGAUGGUAAAUUGUAGGCCAAGUUAGGAUAGUUAUGGCAAGAAUUUAGUGUUGUUGUCAAAUAUACAAUGACUGCUUAUGAAUUGAAUGAAGCAAUACCCACUAUUUAAGUAUUAACACACCCCACUGAAAAAACAGACACAAUCUAAGUUUCUACAGUCUGAAGAAGGGGUCUGUUACUGUCGGUUACAGCAUGUCCUCUCCUCAUUGUGCCUGGCUCACAUCACUAAGUGCUGAUUCAGUUAAGUUCCUGUGGCAUUCAAUGAGUUAUAUGUGUGUGUGUGCAUGUGUUAGAAUUUUUGUUAAGACACACAGCCGGUGCCUGUUAGCCUCUUACUUGUUGGAUUAGGCUACUGUGUGAAAUCUCUUUCCCUGAUUCAGCGUGGACUUUGCCUGUGUGUCUAAAGACUGCAGCAUUUAUCAAUCCCUUCAACACACGCAUAAAGCCGCUCUGUUCCCUCAUUGAGGCAGAGCUUUUUGUUUAGAUAGGGGGAAGAAUGUGUGCACUAAUGGUACUGUAAGAUGCAGGAUGCAACAGUGGAACCAUCCACGGUGGAAAUUACUCUUUGCUUUUUGUUACGCUUCUCAAAGAAACACUAGAAGCACAAGAAAUAAAUAAAAAUGCAAUGUCGAGAUACAAUUUUACUGUCUUAACACAACUACUCUAGGAGCUGAACAGUCACUUGUGUUUAUCAAAUGUUGUUUUUUGAUAAGUUAACUAAAUUAAGAUGCGAAAUAUUCAGAUUGGACCUCUUUGGAUCAGAACAAAUCUGCUCUUUGACAUAAACCUAUCUGGCAGAUAUCAAAUUCCUCUAAAUAAUCUUUCUUUCCGCUCAUAUUUUUAAGUCAACAUCCUAAACUUAAUACUUUUUCUGGAACCUGCAGUGUUUGGAGUAGCUUUAGAGAAUAAAUACGCCAGUGGUGAUAACAACGACUGCUUAUUUUACCCCCACAUGGAGUUUUUGACUGGUUGAAAAAAUUGAAAUUAAGCAGUCAAAUGCGAAAUUAAAACACUUUAAUUUUGCCCACUCUUCUAGGUGUCAUUUUAUCAACAGGGAGGAGGUGCCAAAAUGAACAAAUUCCUCUCAGGAGCUUUAAAUGAACAUAACUAUGUGAAUAGACUUGCAGAACUAAAGGAAGUGGGCUGAGAUUCCAGUGUCUUGGUGCAGAGAAGAAACAAAUGCAUGUAUUCCUUCAAUUCCCGACCAGGAUGUAACCACAAACGCUCUGUUAAAUGUCUAUUUUAAUUUUCUGGUACCUUUUUAACCAAACUGAACAUCGUCUGUUAGAUUCUGACAUGAGUCUUAAGAGAAACAAAGGUUAGACUCCAAAGAGAAAAGGAAGAAGUAAGAAAGCAGAAGUGUAACAAUGUUAAGAAAGUGAUCUUAAGCACUUUCCACAUGACCCAUAAAUCCCUUACUCCUAAGGAGAGCCAAGAGUGAACAGGAAAGCUGUUUGUCGUUAUACAAGUAUUGGAUAUUCUUGCGUAAGCGGAGAGAUUGACUACAGGUAAGAAAACAAACAGCUGCGUGGUUUGAUAGUAGAUUGUUGUUGCAACAACUUUUAAGUAAUGUUAGUGUGUCAAACAGGUCAGGGUACAGAUUUUAAAGUGAUGAAACGGCACUAAAUGCUGAGUUGUGUGUUCAGCACAGACUGUUUCAUAUAUUUGUCUUGCUUGUUUUCAUUUGGUACAGCGGAUUAUAUGAUCAAUAGUAUAUUAUUAUUUAGAGGCCAAUACACAUUGAUUAGCUUUUAUACAAAUACUGAUACGCUUUACUCUGACGUAGAGAUGCAGUAUGGGUACAAAUAAGAACAUGAAAGCAGCUCAGAAAGAGAAAUAACAGACACAAACUAUUACUUUCUUUCAAAUUAUGGGGAAAGAUAAAGCCGUAACGGAACACAAACUACACAUUCGUGACAUUUAAGUGUUGGCGACAUUUUCCAUGCAUAUAUAUGAGGAUGUACAUUGCAAGCUCAGGAGGAACAUGACCUCUGAAUCAUAGUCUGGAGAAUGGUUUACAUCUCAAAUAUAGAUCAGAAGUAGUUUCUUUAGACUUGGCAAAAAAAAGAAAAAGGCAAGAAUAGGAGAAGGAGAUAUUUGAUCCAAUGUUUGAGCUCAGGUUGGAAAAGAAAAUGUGAAAAGUAUCAUCUUCUCAGCAGGAAAUGAAUAUAUUUGUUUCUACUCUAAAAAGUGUAUUCCUUUUGUUUUUUUUGCAGCCAACACUGGAGUGUGCGGCUCAUAUACGAGUGGCAGUUCUUUCGACAGCUUCUGUGGACCGAAACCAACCUCUAAAAACGAUCCAGAGAAACUGAAGGAAAGAAGCCCCGUGAAACGAUCACCUUUCAAACCACAAGGUAGGUAAAAGACAACAUCCUAUAAAGUCAAAUCCAUCCAUGUGUGUUUAUUUGCAUGAUUAAAACUCAUCCAGACAUGUUUAAUAGUACAAAUUGAGCUCCUGACUUUAUUAAGUAUACGUAAGAUAGCAAUCUAUACCUAUAUUUGUAACUCAGAUUAAUCUUGUUCAUGAUGUAUUUGCAGUGCCUCCUAAACCGGCUCACUUGCAGAGUCCUCUGAGACCAGGACCUACUCAAACCCGCAGUCCUACAACAGAGAAAUCACUACCUCAACAUGUUAAUGGGACUGACCACAGUCUCAAAAAAGGUUCUGGAGUUUCUGUGUCCUGUGCCAGCCCACCGGGGAUCGGUCUAAGCUCCCAAACUCCCAUCAGCGGAGGGGGAACCCGUUUUUUGAAUGGAGUGUCUAGGACACAGAUCAGCCCCGUUGGACACACCCGAGGGCUUCCAAAGCUGACAAGCAGUCCAGUUUCAGGAUCUCCAAGUCCGGGCAAAAGAGGCAUUCAGAGCUGUAGCCCAUUGAGGGAAGGAGGGCACAGCCCAGCCAAGUUGUCCCCAAGAAACCGGAGCCCUCUCAUAAGAAAGCUGCGGACCCCCAGCCCUGUUCAGGGGAAAAUGGGGAGCUAUAGUCCUGCCAAGAACUCUAAAUCCUGGCUUGGGCUGCACAGAAUCCCAAGUGGAAAGAACGAAGGGAUAACGAAGAAAGGAGGGAAAUCUUUGAGUGUGCCUGACUUGAUUUUUUACUUGGAAGAAAGAAGGUUUGAUUCUACAUUUUUAUACAUUUCUGCACCCAAGGUUAGAAACAUUCUAAAUCAUAUAUUUUCUCAUUUUAAUACACUUUUUAUUUCCACAGAGAAAAAGCUGAAAGUCCUCCACCAAAACUGAUGCAGUCACCCAGCCUCAACACGACGGCCAUUAUCAUAAAACCACCCGCUAUUGAAAGACUCAAUCACUCCACAAGUGAAGCCCCUCCCCGGAGCAACAACAUAGAUCCUCCACCUCAACAUAUGAACGGUAAUGUUCAGGGGAGAGUCCUUACAGAAGUAAACAGUAAAGGAAUAGAUGAAAAAAUUAAGGAUGGCAAAAUAUCGUACGGCUGUAAGUAUUCCUGCCUGUGGAACGGGGCCACCACAGGAGAUGACAAACUUAACGAUGAGUCUAAUGUUGAACGAAAUGAUGAGGAGAAGAGAGAAGAGAGAGAAGAUGUUCAGCCAAGAGACGAAGAGAACACGGAGCAAAAGCUGCUCAAGAUAGCCAAUGAACUCCUGCAGACAGAGAGGGCGUAUGUGGCUCGUCUUCACCUCCUGGACCAGGUCAGUUUGGACACCUUUGUAACUUCUCGCAAUAGUUAAAAUUCUGCAAAAAAACAAUAUAAACAAUUACUUAUCUUUAUGUUUGCAUAGUUCUUCUAGAUUUAAAGAAGCAGGGAUGUAGAGUACAAGAUGGUAAUUCUCGCCUUCCCGUGGUUACAGGUGUUCUGCUCCCGUUUAACAGAAGAAGCAGGUUGCGGCUCAUUUCCUCCUGAGGUGAUCAGAAAUAUCUUCUCCAACAUUUCCUCUAUCUACUCCUUCCACAGCCAGUUCUUGCUUCCUGACCUGGAAAACUGCAUCAACCACUGGUAGGUGUGCCCUAUAAAAUCCGGAGACUAAAUGCAUUCAUUGCAGUAUUUGUUUAAGACCCUUUCAUCCUUGAUUUUUCCUCUUCCAUGGAAACUAGGUGUGAGAGUCCAGGCCUGGGAAAAGUUCUGCUUCAACACGCGCCCUUCCUGAGGAUGUAUGCAGACUACGUCAGGAACUUUGACCAGGCCAUGGAGCUGGUUCGGACCUGGACAGAACGCUCCUCUGCUUUUAGGAACAUAAUCCAGGACAUACAGGUCGGAGAAGUUCAACCAGAUGAGGUUUUUAUCCCUGUGUAUCUAAAAGUAUGCAGAUCUGAGUGUCAUGCUUGUACUGUGUUGUACUUUAGAGUCAAGAGGUGUGUGGCAACCUGACCCUGCAGCAUCACAUGCUGGAACCAGUUCAGAGAGUUCCACGUUAUGAAAUGCUUCUCAGGGAUUACCUCAAGAAACUGCCCGAAGAUAACCCAGAUUAUGAGCUUGCUCACAGUGAGUAAUCUGUACUCUCUCUAAAUCCCAUGUACGUAGAUUCUGCAUUCUUAGGUAGCUUGUGUUUACAGAGAGAGCUGUCUUUUGAUCGGUUAGUCGACCAUUUUCCUCGGUAUGGGUUUUAAUGAACCUUUCCCUCAUAGAGCGCCUGUCUCUGAUGGGUCAUUAUUUCUGUAAUGAGUGUCCUCUCUUCCUGCAGAAUCCUUGCAGACUAUUUCCAUGGCAGCCACCCACUCAAACAGCGCCAUCCACCAAGCUGUAUGUCGCCCUGAAAAACAAAACAUUUAGUGAUUGCAUGAAACUGAAGAAGCCAUGUGCAUGUUUGAUUUUGACUCCACAGAUAUGUUUCAGUGUUUUUUCUUCCUCUUCCUACAGGAGAACCUGAAGCGGCUCCUGGAGAUCUAUGAGAUGGUUGGAGAGGAAGAAGUGGUGAACCCGACCAAUGAGUUCCUCAGGGAAGGUCGCUUGCUGAAGCUUGCAGCCAGGAACACGUCUGCUAUGGAGAGGCACCUAUUCCUGGUUAGAGCUCUUGUAUUCAUAGAAGAUUAAGAUAAGUAAGUUUGGUUCAUAGCAGGAACUUUGAGAAUGAUGUUUUACAACUUGUCUCCACAGUUCAACAACUUCUUAUUGUGCUGCACUCCUAAAUUCAGCCUGGUUGGGCAGCGUUUUACCGUUCGCUGCAGGAUCGGAGUGGAUGGCAUGGAGGUGCAACAAACCAACAAUGAGGAUCAUCUGAACACUUUCCAAGUUUCUGGAAAGGAGAGGACCCUCGAGCUGCAGGCCAGGUCUGUGUGUGUUUGUGAGCUGCAUACAUUUUGUGUUUUGGCCUUUCUUGAUGUGUUAACUGUGUUGUUUCUGUUUGUCUUUUCAAGCUCUGAGGAAGAAAGAGAUGAGUGGAUAAAGGUAAAGUGUUUUUAUGUUUAACUCUGUACAUUUCAUAUGGAUUAGGAAAGUAUUUAAUGUCAACUCGGUUUCUAAUGCAAAUGUUAAUUUCAGGUCAUUCAGGGAGCCGUUGAUGUGUUUCAGAAGAAAAACGAAACCUUCAAACUGGCUUCAAAGGAGAAGGAGAAUACAGAAGAACCAGUAAGUUUGAUCGUAACUUUGAAGGGAGUUGAGUUUAUUUGUAAUCUGAAUCCAGCUGAUGUUGAAGCGUGUUUUAACAGACAGAGGAACUCGGUCGACGCGCCCCCCGCUGGAUCAGAGACAACGAGGUGACGACGUGUAUGAAAUGUCAGGAACCUUUCAACGCACUCACCAGGAGGAGACACCACUGCAGAGCCUGCGGCUGCGUGAGUGACGAGACUUCAUGAUUCUUUUUAAUGAACACACAAGACAGGAAACCUCAUGUCAAGAUGUGUAUCAUCCGUCCUGCAGGUGGUGUGCUGGAAGUGUUCAGACAAUAAAGUGGCUUUGGAGUACGAUGGAAACAAGCUGAACAAAGUGUGUAAUGCCUGCUACUCCAUCCUGAGCAGUCAAAAGGGAGAGAGGGUGGAAGGAAAGAAGAGGCGAAUACUCGAGGUACCGGAUCCUACAUGCUUCCUGAGGUUUAUGCAGAGUGUAGCUCUCAGGUCGUUCAAUUUAUUCAGGCUGAAGCUGAAUUUGAGGACUUUUUCCUUUUUAAUGUAGAAAUGGUGAAUAAUCCAACUCGACACUUACCAAGCUUAAUUUGAGAGUUAGCUUUGUAUAAUCUGCAUGAAAAGAUGCUGUUUCUGCCUUUUAGGAGCAUUAAGUGCAACCCAAAGUGGAGGUCUUUAACGGGAGAUACUUAACACAUUUUUUUUUUAAUGUUCCCUCCUAGUCUGAGACAUCUUUAGGAUCCAGGGACGGUGUAAUGAGUGGCUUCCUGCUGUAUGGAGACAACCCAAAGACCUGGCAACAGAUGUGGUGUGUCAUCACCAGGACUGAACCUCCUUUUCUCUGUCUGUACUCUGCUCCCCAGGUAAGGAUCUCUGUCGUUAAAGUGAUCAGUCAUAGCACCCAGUCUAUUUCUAUUUGCAUUUUCUGUCAUUCAUGGGGAAUUGGCUGCUGUCAUGCAAUCCUAUGUAGAAAAGGGAGAACAUGGUUUAAAUAGGGAGCAGCUGUUGUGCAAUACUUGCAAUGCACAGACAGACUGAAAAAAUGUAAUGUAAGCACUUAAAGGCUGAAGAGUUUAUCCUCUCCUGAACUUUAGAAGAAGUUAACACGUGAAGACUAAAUAUCUACACAUCUAUACAUCAGACUUACAAACUAAAAAUACGAUGUUUGAUAAAUGAGCUUAAAGAGUAACAACCACCAUCAUGUCUCCAGGAUCUGAAGCCUCUGUCCUGUAUACCUCUGGUGGGCUGCAGUGUGGAGGACUCCCCCCAGGAGCUCCAGGGUCAGCCCUGUUUCAGUUUGAGACACUCCAAAACGACCCACACUUUCUCCUGCGACGGCUUCAACCUCAAACAGAGCUGGCUGAACGCUCUGAGAGUUUCCGCGGCGGGGUGCCAGCGCGCCCACUCAGUGACUAUGACGGCGUCACCAAUGGCCCCAGAUGUUGCCUUAAUGGUUAUGUGAAGGGUGGAAGCAUGUACAUAUGGUAAUAAGAAUCAAAUGUUUACAUGUAAUUCUGAAAUUUAACUUUAAUACAUUAUAUUCAGACUGAGAACGGUGUUUUCCUUACAAGUGACGGUGCACUUUAUUGAAAUGGUUUACAGUAAAAUAAAUAAAGUGAAGGUGUUUUAAUAUGAGUCAGACUAUCCCUUAUACUAGAAACAUGGUUGCUUCAGCUCUGUACAGGUUGUCUACGGCGCAGAGCAGUAUGGCAGGAAAAAUAAGCUCAUGGUUUGUCUUUUUUUUUUUUUUGUACAGCAGAGUUAAAACACCGAGGGUCUGAGGGAUCGUAAUUCCUUAUAAAACACAUUCGACUGAUCCCAAUACUUCACAGAUAAUAUUACAGCAAUUGAAUAUUUACAAUUCAUGAUUUACAGUCAACAAAGGACAUAAAAAUAAUAUACAGAGUCAAUGGGAAAACAAACAAUAAAUGCAUAAAAAUAACCUUAAAUUUGCUUUAGAAGUACAUGGCACAAAGCCAUUUAACCAAAGGUUAGUUAACUGUGCAGCAUUUACACAUUCGUAAAUGGAAAUGUAAUUAAACAAUAUGGUUGAUUUAAGGUGAUUAAAUUUCUAUGCAUUUUUGAUUUUUAAUAUGUUGUUUUUCAAUUAUGUUUUAGUGAGCAAACACCUGGUAAAAUUGGCCCUAUUUUUGUCACACAGUAUACUAUGUGGUGCUUUAUUUCUGGAGGUAUGCAGGCUGGAAAUGAAAACUAGAAAACAUACAGCUGCAUAAAAAAGAUCUUUUUAGAAUCAUUAUAUUGACUGUAAUGUGAGAGAGGCAUUUCAGUGAGUAAUCCCUCGUUAAAAAGUACUAUUGUUACUGUACUCUUUGCGUUUAUCAGCUGUUUAUGAAACAUUUAUAGUACUGUUUGAUUUCUAAGUUAAGCGGUAAGUUUUCUAUCCAAUGCUACGCGCUUACGAGUCUGGAGCUAGCUAGAGGAGAAGUUGGAACAGCUAGCAGCUAAAAGACUAAAAGCUAUUUUUUCUUACAAGUUAUUGGACACAGAAAAAAAAAUAUGAAUGCUAAAAAUUCACAGGCUGUAUAGUCAGGCAACUUUGUGCAAACAGGUUAGCUGUUGGAGGAGUUGCUCUGUAUCUGUUUUUUUUUUUUGCGGCUAAACUGCCCUCUAGUGGCCAAAAUGUGAUUAAUGCAGCUUUAAAGUUCUAACAAGCAUCACCUCCCUAUUUUGUUGUUGACAGAGACGCAUAUAAACGCCAACAUGGAGUGCUUUUAAAAGUACAGAGUGGUAUCAUUGUAAAUUGAUGGAUCUCUUCUUUAGAAACAAAAUCUCUGAGCUGAGAGAGACGUUGGAAACAUGAGAAGAUGACACAAGAAUAGACAGCACUGUCCUGGUGCAAAUGAGCCAUUUUCAAAUAGUCUUAGUGUCACUUUAGUCUGAUUUGGUCUGAGUGUAGCCCAAAAUAAAAGCCCUAUUUGCACCAGUGCUUACAGACAUGUUUCUCAAAACUCAAAGGACGCACUUGUCAUGAAUAAGAAUAAAAAAAAGAGUCCCUGAUUUGGGAAUAGAGGCUUAAGUAUGAGAUGUACAAAUCCAGCACUUGAUACAAGGACAGCAACACUGGCAGAGAGGCAGACCUGGUAUCGCACGAUACACUGACACACUGUACAUAAAGGAGAAAACAGGAGUUUUUACAGGAAGGCGACCUCUCAUUCGUACAUCAGUAGUUUUUGUUUUGUUCAUAGAAAAUCUCCAAAUCCCUGCAUUCAUUAUGGAGGGAGUCCCUCUCUUCUUUCUUUGUCAUUCAGCUUGAUAUCCGAGUUUGUCUCAGGCAACUCCAGUAUUCAUCCGAUAUCAUCCUCUUGGGUUCGGACCUGCCAUCUCCACAGCUAAGGGAAUCACUUGGUGAGUAUCCGUGAUCCCGUACCACCUUAAAACCACCCACAGUACUCUGGUUUACUGAACAGAAGACUAACUAUUACUGUUGCCAUCAGGUUGUGAAGGAGCAGAACCACAGUGAACAAAAUAAGUACAGGAAGAGGAACAACAAAAUAUACCAGAGUGAUCCCUCCAGGCUAAAACAGUCCUGAAGAGUCCCAAAAGCCCGUAGUGCAGCACUCAAAGGUCAACCGCCUUUUGAAAACCAGCAGAGAGUAAAGGCAGACAGACAGCAGUCUACUGCGUCUCAACUGCAGCACAGUUGCUCCGAUACCAUCAAGCUGUCGUAGCCGUAGAUCUCCAGCAGGUGAAGCAGGAAGAGCCUGUCUCCGUGGGGAUCGAGGCCCAUGGCCCUGACGCUCUCCUGGGUCAGAGUUGGAUCGGAGCUCCCUGCCACUUCACUGAGGGUCUGAAAGAUCCUGUUGUUCUGCUCCAGG